AUGCCUCGCACCAUUUUUGUUAACCCUUUCAAAAGCCAUGAUGUCUCGGAAUUUCCUGACGUUUUGCGCCCUCUCGACCAAACCCCUAUGCGCGCCACUUCUAUCUCCGCUGAGCAACGCCCUUCCAUUGCGCCAACAGAGAAGACCGAAAAGGACGACAAGGCAGACAAUGACCUCAGGCGACCAGACAGCAAUGCAUCGAGCGGCAUCGUGAACCAUGGAAUGACUGUUGAAGCGCUAAAGGCAGAAAUCCUCGCUGAUGUUGCAGCAUCUGAUACCGAUACGCCUUACGACCGAAAGUCCAAGGUCAUCAACCGCGCCCUGCAAGAUAUGGGCAUGGGAAAGUACCAGUGGGAACUUUUCGCACUUUGCGGUGGAGGCUGGAUGGCCGAUAACCUUUGGCUUCAAGGUGUCGCCCUUACCUUGCCACAACUUUCUGCAGAAUUUGGCAUAAGUGAGACCGAAGUCCGCUAUACUACUCUCUCGCUCUUCCUCGGUCUCUGUAUCGGUGCUUCAUUCUGGGGCACUGCAUCUGAUGUUCUGGGGCGCCGUCUUGCCUUCAACUUCACCCUCUUCCUUGCUGGUGUAUUCGGCCUUGCUUCCGGCGGUGGUCCCAACUGGAUCGGUACCUGCGCACUUUAUGCUUGCAUCGGACUUGGUGUCGGUGGUAAUCUGCCCGUUGAUGGCGCACUCUUUCUCGAAUUUCUGCCUCAGACUUCCGGAAAUUUGUUGACAUUGCUUUCGGUCUUCUGGCCAGUGGGCAACCUGAUCGCCUCUCUUCUUGCGUGGGCAUAUAUCCCCAAUUUCUCCUGCACACCCGGCCAGCCGUGCACCAAAGCUGAUAACAUGGGUUGGCGGUACUUGAUUCUUACUCUCGGAGCCAUCACUUUCGCCAUGUUCAUUUGCCGCUUCUUCCUCUUCCACUUGUACGAGUCGCCAAAGUUCCUGCUUUCUCGCGGCCGCCAGGCUGAGGCUGUCGCGACUGUGUACGGUAUUGCCUCAUACAACAAGACCCACACCUGGCUCACCGAGGAUAUUCUAAACUACGUCGGAGGUGACCCUGAGGCUACAGGCGAGGAUGUCAAAAUGAGCACACUCCAAAUCAUCAAGCAUUCCCUGAGCCGCUUUUCUAUGAAGCGAUUCAGCGCUCUCUUCAAGGACAAGAAGCUCGGCAUCACCACCGGCCUCUUGUGGUUCCAAUGGACGACUAUCGGCAUGGCAUACCCAUUGUUCAACGCCUUCCUGCCACAAUACCUCCAAAACUCAGGCGGAGGCAUCGAGAACGACGUUAGCACUGUUUACCGCAACUACGCCAUCACUGCCAUCGUCGGUGUACCCGGGUCUAUAAUCGCUUGCUGGACAGUUGACAUUAAGCAUGUCGGCCGCAAGGGAACAAUGUCUAUCGCCACCGUCAUCACGGGCGUCUUCGUUUUCUUGUUCACCAUCUCUACCGAUUCCAACUUCCAGCUGGCUUUUACUUGUCUCGAGGCUUUCUUCCAGAACAUCAUGUACGGCGUGCUUUACGCAUACACACCAGAAGUCUUCCCAGCGCCCAUCCGCGGUACUGGUACCGGAAUGUCUUCGUUCCUCAACCGUGUCGCAGGAUUGUGCGCACCGAUCGUCGCUAUUCAGGCUGGAGGCUCGAAUCCCAAGGCCCCGAUCUAUGCAUCUGGAGGCUUGUUCAUUGCUGCUUUCUUCAGCAUGUUGAUCCUGCCUAUUGAGACGCGGGGUAAGCAGACGUUGUAG